CCUGUUAUACCAGGAUUUGGAUACCUUGCUUACGAGCUUUCCACAAUAAAUCGAUGAAAGAUCAUCUUUGUUUGAGACCCCGAACGCUCCCCUUACUUACUGUUCUUAUACCACUAUGGAGAGCAAGGAAUCGCCUGCUAUAGAUUUGACUCGUUCUCAAUACGACCUGUCAACAUACUUUGGACGAAUCCGACAUUUUGUGGAGAUCACUGAUCCCCGAACUUUACUUGUCUCUCCAGCAGGUGUAAAGAAAGCGCAGGCACUGAUCGAGGACUACAAUGCUGGAAAAGUCAAAGGGGUUGAACCUGCUCAGCUGUUGAAAGCAAAGCAGAUUGUUGAUUCUACAAUUCAUCCCGAUACUGGAGAACCCGUACUGCUACCGUUUCGUAUGUCAGCAUUCGUGCCUACCAAUUUGAUUGUCGUAGCAGGCAUGCUUAUGCCAAACCCCACGAUCAAAAGUGUUAUAUUCUGGCAAUGGUGUAAUCAAUCUCUCAAUGUUGCCGUGAACUACUCCAACUCCAACAAAACAACGCCCAUGAGUAUGCAAGAAACAGCUGUGGCGUAUGUGUCUUCGGUUAGCACAUCGUGCUUGAUUGCAGUAGGGUUGACGCAGUCGGUACCAAAAUUGAAGAUAGCGCCAAGCGUCAAGAGCUUGCUCAUGAAAUUGGUACCAUUUACUGCCGUAGCUGCCGCCGGAACAGUCAAUGUCUUUCUGAUGCGAGGCAAAGAGAUUCGAGAAGGAAUUGAUGUAUAUGACGAAAACGGGAACUCCGUUGGAAAGUCCAAGAUUGCCGGCUUAAACGCUGUUUCGCAGGUCGCCAUCUCACGUGUACUUACCAAUGCUCCCGUAUUAGUCAUUCCGCCGCUACUUAUGGGUCGUCUCCAAACAACUGAGUUCUUGAAAGCACGGCCCGGUAUGUCUGCGCCGAUUAACCUGGGUUUGAUCGGGUUGUCGCUGAUGACAGCACUACCUGCAGCAAUUGCAGUUUUCCCUCAGCGAGGUAGCUUGAAAACAGAAAAAAUGGAAGAGGAGUUCCGUAAUAUUAGAGAUAAAGACGGUAAAAAAUUGAACACCUUGUUUUACAACAAAGGUUUGUGAAAUUGCGGUGUUCACUUGCGGGUGUUCACUUGCGGUGUUCACGCCUUAAUAAAAAAUAAAAAUUUAAAUUUUGCACAAGCACACAAAA